AUGUCGGUGGUGCUCACGAUUUACCUUGUCAAGUCGUUCGAAUACCGAACCAUGAAGACCAUGCCCAACAACAUUUACUUCAUCAAUGAGACGGAGGAACCUUUCGACAUGGACAAAACGCUGGCCGAGCUUGGUGUUGCGCACGAGACCGAGAUUUCCUGCUACAACGCAGCCCAGUUCGCCGCCUUCAAGGCCAACCCGCAGAUGAAGUGGUAA